UUAGGGUUUCCCUGCACAAAAUGUCCCUAUUUGCAUCCCAUCCUUUGCUGCAAAUGACCUGGUUUAGCAGGGAACUGGUUAAUUAAUCAUAUUGCAGUGACUACUCACUUAUUACAUAGGGAAUAGACUGGCAGAGCAGCGGUCUAUGUUUAGAGAGAAGUCAGAAUUUGUGGCUACUUUAGUUAAGCAGAUGUGUUUUAUGGAACACUAACCUGAGUGAUAAAGGAUUUUUCAACACGAAAAAUGUGUGAGCAUCCUGCUUCUAUUGCCCACAAGUCUGAAGAUACAGAGUGUCACUUUCUGAGCCCUAUUUAUGGAGAUUUUGAUGCAGAGGGUGAAAAUACCCUCCCUUUCACCCCUGAGGUCAGCAAGACCUUGUCCAUGUGUUCGAUUACCUCGUCACAGAUCCCUUUUGACAGUACAUCUCUUUCUGAAAAAGAUGUAGAAUUAAAUGUUCCAAGCUCAGAAAAAAAUCCAGUGAAGGUUUCUAGUGACGAAAAUGUGUCAAAAAAGCUCCAUGUUUUUGGAACUAUGGUUUCAAAGGCAUUUUUUCCUAGCAAAUGGAAAGGGGCGGAUGACGCUUACCAAAAGAAACAAUCAACUAAGCCUUGUAGUUCUGUAAUGGGUAAGUGUUCUGGACAAAAGAGAAACAUAAGUUCAGAUAUUGAUGUUGCCUGUCCUGUCAUGACCAAGGUUGAGAGGACAACGGAAACUGGGUCAAAGCUGGCAAAGAGUAGACUACCACUGUCCCUUAAGAAAUAUGCCACUGUAAAUCCAUGUAAAGAUGACAAGCAGGUGGAACCAAGAAAAAGUAUUUGCAGUGUAUCUGCCAAAGUCCGGAAUUCACAGGGAUCUGUCGGCUCUGGACAGCAAAGUUACUCACAAAAGGCUACAACUGCUCUGGAGUCCAAAAAAGUCGAAGGAAUAGCAAUCUCUCAGCAUGAAUGUGAAAUCAAAAGUAGAGUUCCUAUUACUGUCCCACAAGUCUUUGAAGGUUCAUCUGAGUCUAAUGUGUUACCAGUGCAAAAAAGAAGCCUUGCUGUUUCUAGACCAAUAGUGGAUUGUGAGAACCAGGAGAACACUGCAGUCACAGUAGCAAUAAGAGUUCGACCCCUAAAUGAAAGGGAAAUUGCCAGUGAACACAAAUGUGUCAUGUUUGUCUUGGGGCAGACCAUACAGAUCCAACACCCACAGACCAACCAGCACCUCUCUUUUCAGUAUGACUUCUGCUUUUGGUCCCUUCAACCUGAUGACUCCUCUUACUCCUCACAAGAAACCGUGUACAAUCAACUUGCUCGGCCUCUUUUGCAAGGGGUCUUUCAGGGGUACAAUAUGUGCUUGUUUGCAUACGGCCAAACUGGAUCAGGCAAGUCUUACACAAUGAUGGGUUUUAAUGAAGAGGCUGGAGUCAUUCCAAGAUUUUGUGAAGAGCUAUUUCAAAAUGUAAACGGCACUGUUCAAGAAGAGGUAAAAUAUCAUGUGGAGAUGAGUUACUUUGAAAUCUACAAUGAAAAAAUUCAUGAUCUUUUAACGUCACCCAGAGACCUUGCCUUUAACAAGGUUGCUCUUAAAGUGCGAGAACAUCCAACACUGGGACCCUAUGUUGCAGGCCUUUCUACGUAUGUGAUUGCCUCCUUCGCAGAUGUGCAGACAUGGCUAGAACUAGGCAAUAAGCAGAGAGCAACGGCAGCUACAGGAAUGAAUGAGAAGAGCUCCCGUUCCCACUCUGUGUUCAUUCUGUCUGUUACCCAGACCAUGAGAGAGCUUCUGGAAGGGGAAGUUCAUGAUCACACAAGGACAAGCCGUGUCAAUCUUGUAGAUCUGGCUGGAAGCGAGCGUUGUAAUUCUGCACAAACAAGUGGCGUUCGGCUGAAGGAAGGAGCCAGCAUCAACAAGUCUUUGCUGACCCUAGGAAAAGUUAUUUCAGCCCUUUCAGAGAGGUCAGAGGCUAAAAGGAGAAACUUCAUCCCUUAUAGAGAUUCUUUAUUGACUUGGCUGUUGAGAGAGAGCCUUGGUGGAAAUUCGAAAACUGCCAUGAUUGCCACAGUCAGCCCAGCAGCUGUGAACCUGGAGGAAAGCCUUAGCACUUUGCGGUACGCCAGCCAGGCAAGGAACAUCAUUAACAUGGCCAGGAUAAAUGAGGAUUCCACUGCUGCACUAAUUAGAGAACUCAAGGAAGAGAUUGAUAAGCUUAAGGCGGCUCAGCAGUGCGUACAGGGGGUGGAUCAGGAAAUGUAUGAUGCCAGUUUGCAGGAAAUUCAGUCUUUGAGAGAGAGACUUUUCAUCCAGGAUAAGGAGUUGACUGAGACUCAAAAGUCUUGGGAAGAGAAACUUGAACUAGCCAAACAGCAAAAAAUAGAAGAAGCUAAGGAACUCCAGAAAGCUGGAGUUUGUUUUAAAGUUGACAACAUGCUUCCAAAUCUAGUCAAUCUGAAUGAGGAUCCCCAGCUUUCUGAAUUGCUUCUUUAUAUAAUAAAAGAGGGUCAGACGAAGGUGGGCAAGCAGCAUCCAGGAUCUGAUCACGAGAUACAGCUGACUGGAGCCCUAAUAGCUGAAAACCAUUGCCUGAUCCAUAAUGAAAAUGGUAAAGUAUCUUUAACCCCAUUGCCUGAUGCAGAGACGUUUGUCAAUGGAAACCUUGUUCUGGGACCAGUCAUUCUACACCAUGGUGACAGAGUGAUCCUGGGUGGCAAUCAUUACUUCCGAUUCAACCAUCCCACAGAAGUUGACCGUGUAAGGCGAUGUUCUGUGAUGCCUCACACAAACCAGGAGGGUCCCAGAGACUUUGAAUUUGCCAAAAAUGAACUGGUUGAAGCACAGAAACAUAGGAUUGAAAAUGAAAUUGAGGAUGCACGACUGCAAGCACAGACUGACAUGAUGAAGGAGCUCCAAGCUGCCAAGGAAAUGGCCCAGAUGGAGCUCACGCAGCAGAAAAAUUUGUAUGAAAAUCGAAUCCGGCAGCUUGAAAGAGAACUGGAGGACGAGUUGGAAAGGAAGAGAAGUAUAAAAAGGAACCAGAAGGAAAGCAGGACAACCACUGGCAGGGAUCACCUACCUCCAUCUGGCCUAUCCAGCCAGGGUUGUGAAAUGGGAAUAAAGCACAGCAAAUUCAUACAGGUUCUGGAACUGGAAAAGGAGAAACUUGUGGGCCAAGUGGAAAAGAUGCAGCAGCAACAAGGAAAGAAAAACAUCUCGGCUGAAAAACAAGCACAAUGGACAGCCUUGCAGCUAUCUAUUGCUCUGCAAGAAGCCAACACAAUCAGUAAAAGUAUGAACAAACAUACAUUGUUUUCAAGGUAUGACUUGCCUGUGCUCAGUGGAGAAGAGCAGGCUGUGUAUGUACGAGUCACCAACACAAAACUUGGUAUAUCUACUAUGUGGAGUCAGGAGAAAUUUGAAGAGAAGUUGGUGUGCAUGAGAGAACUUUACCAAGGAUCAUUUGAAGGCAAUGCAGAUGAUUUGUUUUAUGACCCAACUGACACAUGGGAAGCUGAAUCCAAGCAACCAUCGCCCAAGAGGACAAGAAAUUCACUUUCCAGACAAACAUCUGGCUUACUACUUGGAAAAGUGCCCACAGAUGUGGCUGUUCCUAGUGCCACAUUUUCCUCAGUCUGCAAGCAGCUGGUAAUUUCUGAAGCAGAGUUACUAGGCAAGGAGGAAGACUUUCCAGGGCUUAUCCUUCAGCUUCUCCUACUCCUUCAUAAAGUCUGGGCCUCCAGCAAUGAUGUGUUAAUGGCAUAUGAGCAACUGGAAUUUGGAGACUUGGGUGUUCAACCUCAUAUAAUAAAAGUGUCUGCUGCCUUCAGCCAUAUGACGACCUCAGCCCGGUUCCUUGAAGUCUAUCCAGAACAGCAGGUCCCUUGUCCUCAUCGACAGCUCCUAAACGAACUGAAGAAGCUUGGAGGCAGCAUAGCCUUUCUCCUACACGGAUGUGAAUGUGACAUUACGUCAAUGAUCAAGUCAUCCAAAAAACAGAUUAACCAAUCUGUCACUGCCAUUGCGGCAAGGCUUGGCCAGCUUUCUGUUUUCAGGCGACCAAAUUUUAUUCAAGGCCCAGAGGAAAAAUGUGGUAUGGAGCAGGCAGAGCUCAUUUCUCCAGACAUCAAAGAAACUUUUAUUGAUGCAGUAGAAAAAUCCAUUGAGUCCCAAAUAGAUUUUCAUCUCCGAGAGGUGCUAUCUAUUGAAGAAAAGUGCCAGAAGGUAUCUGCUGAGAGCCACAAGCUUGCCGAAGACCUCCGGAAGUCUCUGCUUCCAGUUGGAAACUGUUUAAAAAACUUCAUGAACAAAAUUAAGUGGUUUUGGGCCCAGUUCCAGGCCCUUAAGGCUCAAAAGGCCAAAGACGUCCAAGAUCCUGCCCUCCAUGAGCUCUACUAUUUGUAUUCAACCAUUGGAUAUUAUCUUACUAGCCUUAUUGGGGCAUGGAAGGAACUUUCUCACAAGGGGCUACAAUUUAUAUCAGACAGAGGUGUGGACUUUACAACAAUGAGGACAGAUCUGGAUGGGUUUUCCAAAAAUGCUUCACUUUUAGCCAAAUCGUUUUGCUCUCUGUACCAAGAUACUGCUGACCAGCAUCCUGGCACUGACCUCUCUUUGGUGACAAAGGACUUUGGGACAGCUGUCCAUGAGCUGCAUUCUUCUGCCAGAGAUUUAUUGAGACUUGUGGAGGUACUAGGGGGGGUUAAUUGCUUUAAUUCCGGGAUGUUCCUCCCUCCUAACAAUAAAUCAUUGCCUGGGGGUCCCAGAGCUGACUUGGGGUUCCAUAUUUGGGGGAGAAAUAGAGAUUCUGUGCGAGUGGCAGUGGCCAAAUGGAAUCACGAAGCUCUCCUUAGGGAGAAAAUGAAUGCUGAAAGUAAAAGGACGGUGUGAAUCAUUUAUCUGCAUCAUCUGUGCUCAGUUCAAGCCUACUGUGAAGUGAACUGGGUGCUGAGACCUUCUGCACUACAAUACACAGCUGGUUUGUGUGAUUCCAAAAGUAUUCUUUUUGUGUAUUUAUAAAUGGCUUAAAUAAAAAGAAAAAGUUUGAGGGUUGCAAGAUUUUCCAUUGUGCAGUUUUUUUUUUUUUUGCUGGGAUUUUGCAGGCAAGAUAACCCUCUGAAAUGGGCAGAACCUGAGUGAAUGUCAAUUGUUUGGGGUCCCUGCAUCUAUCUUGCUCUGCUGUACUUUUGUGUUCUGUUGAAAAUAUAUAUAUAUAUAUAUUAUACCCAGUGUUUGCCUAUGUUUAUACUUUGUUAUAAUAUGUAAAAUGUCUGUCUUUAUUCUGUAUACUUCCUAUAAUGUAAAGCAGUUCAAUAAAUUGCCUGGCUGUA